AUGGCGCAAUCUGAGGAGAAGCCGGCGCUCGACGAAACUUGGAAGGCGCCGCCGGCUCAUGAACGUGCGCGUGCCGUGCACGUGCUGGAGCGCUUUCCAGCUGCAGAGGAACCGCCUUUGCCGCCACCGGCGCCCGCGCCGUCCGACCCUGCAGAAGUCGGCUCAGAGAUGGCAAAAACUGGCUCGCUGAGUUCAGCUGCUCGUGGCCGGCGACUUUCCACGAAACUUUUUUCGGCAGAGCAAGUUCAGCACUGCUCAAAGGAGCUACGCCAAAUGGCUGCCCAUGUCUCUCUGAAGGACCUCAGGGAUUUACGCAUGCUAAAGCGGCCUCCUCAAGCUGUGAUGAGGGUGCUGGAGGCCUUGAGUGUGAUUUUGGGCGAAAAGAGCUUGAAAGCAGCAGGAUUCAAAAAGCUGCUGGCAGACUCUUUGCCUCAAAGGCUUGAGAGCUUCGACCCUGCAACGUUGACUGCGGCCCGCUCGGCAAAGGUGCAGGCACUGCUGGCCUCACCAGAUGUUCGUGCUAGCGCAAUGUCCCGGAUGUGCCGCCCCUGUACUUCCGUGGCCCAGUGGUGCGAUUGCAUCCAGGAAUUUCUUGCUCAAGCACAAUCAGGAUUAUCUACAGCAGAUCCGCUGCAGGCUGAGAAUGAGGAGCCUGCGCUCGAGGCCCCGGCAGCACAGCUUUCUGAAGAUGGACAUUCAGUGGAGGAAAAUGGAGCACGUCGAAGGGAGCGGGUGAAACUACUGGUUGAGCCUGAUCUAUCCAUGCUUACACGGGAGGAGCGCGCAUCUGUAGCGGAGUUGACAGUCACGGCACCUGGCAUCGGAUCAGUGAUUUUCCACGGGAACACAGACUGCACAGGCCUGGACGUCCAGAAAACGGUGGUCCUGAAGCAGGGCUACGUGCUGGUGUAUCCUGAUCCAGCAACCAAACCUCCCCCUGGGCAAGGCCUUAACAAGCGAGCGACCGUAACGAUGUACAGAUGCUUUCCACCGGGCGAAAGGGUCAAGGAUGACCAGGCCAUGGAAGAGUACAAGGUCAAGAUUAAGGAGAUGACGGAGGAGAAUACUGCUUGCAAGUUCAUCGAUUAUGAUUGUUCGACUGGAGUUUGGCCUGAGGAGGACAAGGCAAGCGCGUACUACGGUAGCAUCACACUGAAACAUGCAGUUGUUGUUGCUCCCAUGCUUGUGAAACAGCUGACAUCCACACUGGCAUCGUAUGAGAUGAGUACAGUAGCAGAGAAGCGCUUGCGGACUUCCAGUGGCCGUUUCACACGAUUUGGGCGUUUGGUUGAUCUGCUCCUGCAAUUGCAGCAGUUCGCUCAUCAUGCAGCAUAUGCCCGUUCGCCAGUGAGAGUCAUCUACUCGCCUGGACCCGUUGCACGCACCUGGGCUGGAAAAGUGCUCAGCCUCGCCGCCCUCACGUACUGGCACGACCUUCCCGGGCGUUUGGCGGCAACUGCCACCCGCUUCAGUCGCUUGGAGCGACAGAGGGUUGCCUUGGACAUUGACAUGAGUCCAGACAUGCUCAUUGUCAGCGGGCAACAGCUGCCCGUGGAAUACAUUGCGUCCCCUCAACAUGGCAACCGCGGCGUGCAUGUGGCCCCGCAGCCUGCGAGUCCUGUACGGACCCAGCUCAGACUACCAUGCCAAGCUGCCACGGAGCCUGUAGCGGCUACUGCCGCUGUAGCAGAAGACUCCCUUGCAAGACAACUCAAGGCGCUUUACGAUGCGAAGGCCAAGGCUGCGCAGAUGGUGCAGGAGGAGCACUGUGCCCAGCAGGACUUAAGCCCGGGCCUCGCAACGAGAUCUCUGGCACAGACAUUGCGGCAAUGGCCCCUGCCACAGCUAUCUCGUCCGGCUUCUCCCCGAAGUGACGAGGUGGUCUUGGUCAGUCAGUCUUCUGAAGACAGCGCGGGGCACGAACUGGAAGAGCUGCCAAGCGAGUCGAGAGCCAUUUCUCCAUCGCGAGACACACCGAGCCGUGAUUCAGAGACCCUGGGCUCGGUGGCCGAUGCCGUUUCGGAGGACAGGGAGGAUAUGCCGCUUCCGCUUCAAGAAGAAACGGUUCCUCCAACGGUUCCAACACCGACUCCAAUACAAAAAACUUCAACCAGCUCGCGGCUUGGUCGUUCCCGGCGACCCUCAUCAUUGAAUCUCCCAAAGCUGGAGGUCGAACGAUGUUCACGUGAGUUGAGCCUGCUUGCAAAGGAAGUAUCAACAAAAGACUUGCGGGAACUCAGGAUGCUGAAGCGCCCCCCCCUGGCAGUGCAGACAGUCUUCGAGGCCUUAAGGGUGAUCUUGGGUGAGGACUUCCACCCGGGCCAGUCCGGAAGCUUCAAGAAGCUGCUAUCUGAUGCGCUUCCCAAGCGACUGCAAAGCUUUGACCCUGGCUCCAUGAACACCAUGCAGGCUUCAAAGCUCCGAUCGCUGCUUGGGUCAGGAGAUAUCCAUGCGGAUGCCAUGACUAGGAUGUGCCAGCCUUGCACAACCCUUACGAAAUGGUGCGACUGCAUCUACAAACUCAUAGAUAAAGACACAUCAAGGGAUGCUAGCAAGCGUUUGGACGAGCAGGUGAAUGGACACGCAACUACGGAGGCCAGUCCACAAGAUGGUGAAUGUAUCCAGCCACAGACUAGUAGCCCUGCAUUGCUGGUGGAACCGGACCUGUCUAAGCUUAGCAAAGAAGAACUGGCGUCUGUACAAGACCUGACCGUGAUGAAGCCUGGUAUUGGCUCUGUUGUUUUUCAUGGUGCGACGGAUUGUACUGACCUGGAUAUUCAAUCAGACAUUGUGCUGAAGCGAGGGUACGUCCUCGUGUACCCGGAUGCAACGAAAAAGCCGCCUGUGGGACAGGGACUCAACAAGAGGGCCACUGUGACAAUGUAUCAAUGCUUCCCUCCUGGCGAGCGUGUUGAGGACAAGAAGGUGGUUGAGGAAUACAAAAUGAAGAUCAAGAGGAUGACAGAGGAGAACAGCGCUUGCAAGUUCAUCGAUUAUGACUGCCUAACAGGUGUGUGGACAUUUGAGGUAAACACGCCUCCACCCCAGGCUGGUAAUCCGAUCGCCUUCCCAAGUAUGGCGCAUGUGGGCCCUUCUCACACGGUACCGAAUGCUGGCUUCACAGGGGAGGCCCACGCGGCCCGUGGCAGCUCCAGGAGCCAGGUGAACAAUGUAGGCAUUCCUCCAGCUUUCGAGAAGCAGCAAUUUCGUCGCUCCCAGGAGGAGAUGGAUUCCCUGGCAAAGCAGCUGCGAGCCCUGCAAGCUGCAAAGGUUGAUGCCGCAGCCAAGCAGGCGGAGAGCGACCAGUUGAUAGCUCAGCGUCAGGACCAGUUGCGGAAGGAGACCUUCUCGGCUCUGUCUGCGCAGAACCUCGGAGAUCUCCUCAGGCGAUGGGGCCCUCCAGAGCAGCCAGAUUGGGAAACGCAAGGAUCGCCCCAUGACACGCUCGCGGAAAGUCCCGUGCCGGCAGUGGAGGAGUCGCCGAAAGAGGCCAUGGAUGAGUGCAAAGUGGAGGAGCCGCCGGAGGAGGCUGCGUUGCAACCGACGGAGCCCGCGCCGAGCCCACCUGCCCAUGAGCGGGCCAAGCAGGCAUCAAAGGCCUCCGUAGGCUCGCGGCGGUCCUCGGAACAGGACAUUCAGGAGGAAAAGUCCUCCGAGGAGAUUUCUCAUAGCCUGAGCCACAGCUCACGAGGCCGACGCCCGUCGUCUCUGCUCCUGCCUUCGGAGGAGGCACGUCGAUGUGCAGACCAGCUAGCGGCACUGGCGCGGAGCGUGUCAGCCAAGGAGCUGCGGGAGCUGCGCAUGCUAAAGCGGCCUCCACAGGCUGUCAUGAAGCUCCUGGAGGCCCUUAGCAUCAUCCUGGGUGAGAAGGACUUGCGGCCGGCAAACUUCCGGAAGCUCCUUUCCGACUCCCUCGCCCAGCGCCUGGCUGGUGUGGACCUCGCCACCCUGGGCGCAGCCCGGGCGGCCAAGCUGCGGUCGCUACUGAGCUCUCCAGACGUUAGCGCAGAGGCUGUAUCCAGGAUUUGCCGGCCGUGCGGGUCUCUUGCCGAGUGGUGUGGCUGCCUUUACUCCUUCUUGUCUGGAGCUCACGAGCCGGAACCAGCUGGUGAGCAGCAGACUGUUGAGAAAGAGGAGAAGGUGCAGCCUGACAGCACUGCCCGGCCCAUCGCAGAACAUUCCAAGUUGCUUGUGGAGCCGGACUUGUCGCAGAUGAGCAGGGAAGAGCUGGCAGAUGUGAAGGACCUGACCGUGACAAAGCCUGACAUCGGCUCCGUUGUGUUCCAUGGCAAAACUGAUUGCCGGGACUUGGACAUUGCUCAAACUGUCGUGCUUAAAAGGGGCUACGUAUUGGUUUACCCAGAUCCGGCCAAGAAGCCCCCACCCGGCGAGGGCUUGAACAAGCAUGCGACGGUGACAAUGUACCAGUGCUUUCCCCCAGGAGGCCACGUUAAGGACGAGCAAGCGCUUGCAGACUACAAGGUCAAGAUCAAGAAAAUGACUGAGGAAAAAAGUGCUUGCACAUUCAUCGAUUACAACUGCUUGACGGGCGUUUGGACUUUCGAAGUCGAAAGGUUCUGA